UGCGAAAUCUGAACCAUAUAUUAAUACUAUAUUGAUCCAACUCAAAAAUCCUAUAUAAACUAAGCUAAUUAAAGAUCCCCUUAUAGUCAUACUCACACUCGAAAUCUCUCUCUGCUUCUCUUUCUCUUCAAAUAUUAUAUAUCUGAACUCAUGGCUGGGAAAGGUGAGGGACCUGCUAUUGGAAUCGAUUUGGGUACCACUUACUCCUGCGUCGGAGUAUGGCAGGAAGGUCGUGUUGAGAUCAUUGCCAAUGAUCAGGGUAACCGAACAACACCCUCAUAUGUUGCUUUCACUGAUACCGAGCGCUUGAUCGGAGAUGGUGCUAAGAACCAGGUCGCCAUGAACCCCGUCAACACCGUCUUUGAUGCAAAAAGGUUAAUUGGUAGGUGGUACGAGGACGAAUGUGUACAGAGCGAUAUUAAGCUCUGGCCAUUCAAGGUUAUCCCCAGUCCUGGAGACAAGCCUUUGAUUCUUGUGAACUACAAGGGUGAAGACAAACUGUUCUCUGCUGAGGAGAUCUCAUCUAUGGUUCUCGUCAAGAUGCGUGAGAUUGCUGAGGCUUACCUUGGUUCAACCGUCAAGAACGCAGUUGUCACUGUCCCUGUUUACUUCAACGACUCUCAGCGUCAGGCUACCAAGGAUGCCGGAGUUAUUGCUGGUUUGAACGUGAUGCGUAUUAUCAACGAGCCCACUGCUGCAGCAAUUGCUUACGGUCUUGACAAGAAGGCCACCAGUGUUGGUGGGAACGUUUUGAUCAUUGAUUUGGGAGGUGGUACUUUUGAUGUGUCACUCCUUACCAUUAAAGACGGCAUUUUUGAAGUGAAAGCCACCGCUGGUGACACUCAUCUCGGAGGAGAAGAUUUUGACAACAGAAUGGUCAACCAUUUCGUCCAGGAGUUCAAGAGGAAGAACAAGAAGGACAUCAGUGGCAACCCAAGGGCCCUUAGGAGGUUGAGAACAUCUUGCGAGAGAGCGAAAAGGACCAUCUCUUCCACAGCCCAGACCACCAUCGAGAUUGAUUGCCUAUAUGAGGGUAUUGAUUUCUACUCCCCCUUUACCCGUGCCAAAUUUGAGGAGCUCAAUAUAGAUCUUUUCAGGAAGUGUAUGGAGCAAGUCGAGAAGUGUUUGAGUGAUGCUAAGAUGGACAAGAUCAAUGUUGAUGAUGUUGUGCUUGUUGGUGGUUCCACUAGAAUUCUCAAGGUUCAACAGUUGUUGCAAGAUUUCUUCAAUGGAAAGGAGCUUUGCAAGACUAUUAACCCUGACGAGGCUGUUGCUUACGGUGCAGCAGUCCAGGCUGCUAACUUGACCGGUCAAGGAAACCAGAAGGUCCAGGACCUUUUGCUUUUGGAUGUUACUCCUUUGUCUCUUGGUGUGGAGACUCUUGGAGGUGUUGUGACUGUAGUGAUCCCCAAAAACACAACCAUUCCAACCAAGAAGGAGCACAUAUUCACUACUUGCCACGACAACCAAUCCUCUGUGUUGAUCUACGUGUACGAAGGUGAAAGAGCUAGGACCUGUGACAACAACUUGCUUGGAGAGUGCAAGCUUUCUGACAUUCCUCCAGCUCCCAAGGAAGUUCCAAAGAUCAAGGUAAGCUUUGAUAUUGAUGUCAACGGUAUUCUUAACGUCUCUGUUAAGCACGAGUCCACAGGACAAAAGAGAAGUAUCACUAUCAACAACGACAGGGGAAGAUUGUCCAAGAAUGAAAUUGAGAAGAUGGUUCAAGAGGCUGAGAAGUACAAGGCUGAGGAUGAAGAGCACAGGAAGAAGGUCGACUCCAAGAAUGCUUUGGAGAACUACACUUACAACAUGAGGAACGCAAUUAAGGACGAGAAGAUUGCAUCCAAGCUUACUGAAGCCGAUAAAAAUAAGAUCGAGGAUGCCAUUGAUGGAACAAUCCAAUGGCUUGAUGGUAACCAACUUGCUGAGUUUGGUGAGUUUGAUUACAUGAAGAUGGAACUUGAGAGCAUUUACGACCUAAUCAUUGCCGAGAUGUACCAGGGAGCUGGAGGUGACAUGGGAGCUGGCAUGGGAGGUGACAUGGGAAGUGACAUGGGAGGUGACAUGGGAGGUGACAUGGAAGAGGUCUUGAUUGAUAUUUUUGAUAAAUUUGUAACUUUCUCUUCUCUAUUUUAGAGUAAGACAGACUAAGUUUAGACUUUAUAGCAUUUAUAAAGAAAGUUUUUGCUUAGACUA